AAGAUAACGGCUGGGUCUGUGCAAAUUGUGGGAGAGCGGGGCAGUCCACAGGGCACAGCACACCUCUUCCAAGCAAGUAGACUGGCAUGCGGGAAGGUCAGGUGGGCAUGGCAGCAGAGAUGGCACUGAGCCACCGAGCACCCCGUGAGGUGCUGAGUGAGGCUGAACUGGAGGAGGUGGCACAGCGGAAGCCUCCCACCAAGCCCUCGGUGCGUCUCCGCAAGAUCAGAUGCACGGGCUCCGCUGCCAAGUCCCUGCUGUUCCGUUUCCUGCCCUUCCUGUACUGGCUGCCCCGCUACCCAGUCAAGGACUGGCUCCUGGGGGACAUUACUUCAGGCUUCAGUGUGGGCAUCAUGCACCUGCCCCAGGGUCUUGCCUAUGCACUGCUGGCUGGGUUGCCACCCGUCACCGGUCUCUACUCUUCCUUUUACCCUGUCUUCCUCUACUUCUUCUUCGGGACAUCAAGGCACAACUCUGUAGGUCCUUUCGCCGUCAUCUCUGUCAUGAUCGGGAGCUUGACGGAGUCCCUGCUGCCUAGUGAGGACUUCCUGGAGUCCGUCAAUGGCAGCAAUGCCACAGUCAAUGAGGCAUUGCGGGAUGCUGCCAGGGUGGAGCUGGUGGCCACCGUCACUGUCCUGGCAGGCAUCUUCCAGGUGGCCCUGGGUCUCCUGCAGUUUGGAUUUGUGGUGACCUACCUCUCGGACCCGUUGGUGCGUGGCUACACCACUGCUGCCUCCGUGCAUGUCCUCGUCUCCCAGCUCAAGAAUGUCUUCGGGGUCUCCGUGGGCGAGUACUCAGGUCCACUUUCAUUGUUUAUGACUGUCAUUGAGAUCUGCAAGAAGCUGCCACAGACCAACGUGGGCACCCUGGUGACUGCCAUCAUUGCCAUGGUGGUCAUCUUCAUUGUGAAAGAGCUCAACCACAAGUUUGCCGCCAAGCUGCCCAUGCCCAUCCCCAUCGAGCUUAUCACGAUCAUCAUCUCCACUGGCAUCUCCUACGGUGUCAACCUGAGUGACAAGUUUGGCAUCUCCGUGGUGGGCACCAUCCCCAGCGGGUUGAAGCCACCUGUGGUCCCUAAUUUCAGCUACUUUGGGCAGGUGGCAGGCAAUGCCUUUGCCAUUGCUGUGGUUGGCUAUGCCAUCUGCAUCUCCCUGGGCAAGAUCUUUGCCCUGAAGCAUGGCUACAAAGUGGACAGCAACCAGGAGCUGAUUGCGCUGGGCCUCUGCAACUUCCUGGGAGGCUUCUUCCAGUGUUUUGCCAUCAGCUGCUCCAUGUCGCGGAGCCUGGUACAGGAGACCACAGGUGGCAACAGUCAGGUAGCUGGUGUCAUCUCAUCCCUGGUCAUCCUGGUGACCAUCCUGAAGAUCGGAGAGCUCUUCUAUGACCUGCCCAAGGCCAUCUUGGCUGCCAUAAUCAUCAUCAACCUCAAGGGCAUGUUUAAGCAGUUCAGUGACCUCAGUAUGCUCUGGAAAUCCAACCGAGUGGACCUGAUGGUCUGGAUUGUGACAUUUGUGGCCACCCUCCUGCUGAACUUGGACAUUGGCCUGGCGGCCUCGGUGGCCUUUGGGCUGCUCACGGUCAUCUUCCGCACCCAGCUCCCCCACUACUCCGUUCUGGGGCGCAUCUCCAACACCGAUGUCUACAGGGAUGUGGCGGAAUACGAGAUGGCACAGGAGGUCCCUGGUGUGAAGAUCUUCCGCUCCUCCUGCACCCUCUACUUUGCCAAUGUGGAGCUGUACGCCGAUGCCCUGAAGAAGAAGAGCGGCAUCGAUGUGGACCGCCUCAUUCAGAAGAAGAAGAAAGCCCUCAAGAAGCUGAAGAAACAACAGAAGAAAGCAGAGAAGGAAAAGGCAAAGAGGAAAAAGAACACAGAGGAUGGUCCAGGUGUGGCAGUGAUUGAAUUGAGUGCAGGGGAGAGCGGUGUGCCCUCAGAGCCCACCCUGCGCAGCCUGGGGCUGCCCCAGCCCAGCUUCCACGCCGUCAUCUUGGACUUCAGCUCUGUCAGCUUCGUGGAUACUGUCUCCAUCAAGAUCCUGAAGAAUAUCUUCAGGGAUUUCCGUGACAUAGAAGUGGAUGUCUUCAUUGCCAGCUGCCCGGGGCCCGUGCUGGCCCAGCUGGAACGGGGCAACUUCUUCAGCUCAACCAUCACCAAGCACUCCUUCUUCCCCUCCGUGCACGACGCCGUGGAGCACGUCAGCAGGGAGCGGCGCCAGGCCUCAGCGGACCACAGCACCAGGAUGUAGUUGUGCAAGAGGAAGAUGUCUCCCCCAAGAGCUGGGUGGGCGAGGAGGACUCUGCCACCUUGAUGGCACUGACUCGCCCGCCCCAGGGCCCGAAGGCCCUGAACCCCCACCAGCCCCUCCGGACUCUGACCACCAGGGUCCUGCCCUGAC